AUUCAGAUGUUUUCAAAUUUCUCCCAAAAUGGGAUGUGCUGUAAAAAAGAAUAGAGUAAGGUCGGCCCAUUGCAACCGUGCCGCCAAGGCGACGUCGAUCAGUGGACAUGCGGUGCUAAAGCACAACGACGAUUGCAAUGGACGCAACCCGUUCUUUCAGUUUCUGGCCCACUUUCGAAAAUGUUCCAACAACUGCCUUGGUCACUUGUCCUCGGGUCGGGUAACUCUAAUUGCCAGCAAGGUGUGGAAUUGCAUGAGUCAGUCGGAGAGAAAACCCUUUAUCGCUGCUGCGCGAAGAUUUAACUACACGUAUCGAUCGCGGAGCAAAAAAGUCAACUGGGUCCUGGAGAAACUGCGAAAAACCGCUGCUGGGGAAGAAUGCCGACCACAGGCUCAGUGGAUGUUGAUGGACUUUUUAAAGUCUUGGCAGGAAUCUGUGGUGAGGGACCUUCUCGACCUGGACUACAAACAAAACUAAAUCAAAUCAGAUUUGAAUUAAGU